GGCACCUCCCUGCUGCUGGCCCCCAAAAGCGGUGGUCAGGUAGGCACCUCACUGCUGCUGGCCUCCAAGGGCACUGCUAAGGCGGGCUCCUCGCUCCUGGCCUCCAAGAGCAGUGCCGAGGUGGCUGCCUCAUUGCUGGCCGCUCGGAGCGGCGCUCAGCAGGGAUCCUCACUGCUGACUUCCAAGAGCAGCGCUCAGGUGGCUGCUUCGCUGCUGGCCACUCGGAGUGGCACUCAGCAAGGUCCCUCGUCACUGGCCUCCCGGGGUGGAGCUCAGGCAAGUGCUUCCCUGCUGGCCGCCAAGGGCGGCACGCAGGCAGGUUCACCACAGCUUGCUUUGUGCAAACCGUUAACCAGCGAAGAUGCAAAGGAAAGACAACCUUUUUUCAACAGACUAUACAAAGCUGUAGCCUGGAAACUGGUUGCUGUUGGAGGCUUCAGUCCUAACGUAAAUCACGCAGAACUUCUAAACUCAUCUAUUCAGUCUGUAAAAGCUACGUUAGAUGUUGCUUUUGUUCCCCUGAAGGAACUUGCAGACUUGCCUCAAAAUAAGAGCUCUCUAGAAAACAUAGUUUGUGAACUGAGGUGCAAGUCUGUCUACUUGGGUACUGGCUGUGGUAAAAGUAUGGAAAAUGCCAAAGCGGUUGCUUCAAGAGAAGCUUUGAAAUUAUUCCUCAAGAAGAAAGUUAUUGUGAAGAUAUGUAAAAGAAAAUACAAAGGUAGUGAAAUUGAAGAUUUGGUACUUCUGGAUGAAGAGUCAAAACCUUCGAAUUUACCUCCAGCUUUAAGAAAUCCUCGUGAGAUCUUGUAG